AUGGGGAAAAAAAGAAGAGCCGCCAUUCUCCCGAGCAACAUCAUCUUGCUCCAGAACGUGGUCAAGAGAGACCCCGAGUCGUACCAUGAGGAAUUCGUGCAGCAGUAUUCUCACUACGAGUCGCUCAGAGACAUUUUCUUGAUGAAUCCGUCCGCCGACCAAGGGACGGAAUUCGCCGACUUGAUUGGCUUUGUGAGCGCAGUGUGCUCGUGCUACCCCAAGGAAACGGCCAACUUCCCGGACGAGUUGAAGAGCAUCCUUUUGAACAACCACAGAGACUUGCCUCUGGACCUCAGAGAGAAGAUCGUGCAGUGCUUGACGAUGUUGAGGAACAAGGGCACCAUCAGUGCCGAGUCGCUCAUUCUGACGUUGUUCCCACUUUUGCAAUCGUACAGCUCCACGUCGCAAAACUCGUCGACGUCGUCGCAGAACGCGAAGGCCGUGCGCAAACAGAUCUACAACACGUUGGUCACGUUGUUGAAAGCCAUGAACACCGGCGGAAAGAACCAGAAAAUCAACCGGUCGACGCAAGCGCUUCUCUUCAACUUGUUGGAGCAGCGGGACGCGCAGGGUUUCUGGGCCACCAAGUUGACCCGUGAGUUGUGGAGACGCGGAAUCUGGGACGACACGCGGACCGUGGAAAUCAUGACGCAUGCGGCGUUGCACCCGGACAUCAAGGUUGCGGUGGCCGGCGCCCGCUUUUUCAUGGGUGCUGACAAGGAGAGAAACGACCAUCUUGAGGAGGACCUGUCGGACGAGGAGGGCUUCGACAUGAACGCGUUGAAACACAAGGCCCAGCACAACAAGAAGUCGGGCAAGCGGAGCAGGAAAGUGGACAUAGCUCUCAAGACCAUGAAGAAGAAAAACAACGCCAAGGUGUCGGCCACGUACUUGAACUUCUCUGCCAUCCACUUGCUCAGAGACCCGCAGGGCUUUGCCGAGCAGCUCUUCGACGGCCACUUGAGCCACAAGAACGCCAACCGCUACAACUUGGAGCAGAAGAUCUUGUUCAUGAACCUCGUGUCGCGCCUCGUGGGCACGCACAAGUUGACCGUGUUGGGCCUCUACUCGUUUUUCUUGAAGUUCUUGACGCCCAAGCAAAGAGACGUCACGCAAAUCAUGGCUGCCGCCGCGCAGGCCUCGCAUGACUUGGUGCCCCCGGAGUCGAUCUCGCCCGUAGUGCGCAAGAUCGCGGACGAGUUCGUCAGUGACGGUGUCGCUGCCGAGGUGGCCGCGGCAGGAAUCAACACGAUCCGGGAAAUCCUUGCCAGAGCGCCGUUGGCCAUCGAGGCUCCGCUCUUGCAGGACUUGGUGCAGUACAAGGGCUCCAAGUCCAAGGCCGUGAUGAUGGCCGCCCGCUCGUUGGUCUCCUUGUUCAGAGAGGUGGCGCCGGAAAUGUUGCAGCGGAAGGACCGGGGCAAGAUCGCGUCCAUGGAGUUGCAGCACGGCGAGAAGAAGGGCGUGCCUGUUUUCGGUGUGGAGCGCACGACUGUCACGUCCAUUCCCGGACUCGAGCUUUUGGCCAAGUGGAGAAAGGAGCUGGGCAAUGAGGACGCAAAUGCCGAAGAGGACGAUGCCAACUGGGAGGUCGAGGACAACGACAACGCCAGCGACAUCGAGGGCGACUGGGUGGCCGUGGAGUCGGACAAGGAGAUCGAGAUUUCGGACUCCGAUUCCGAGGACGAUGCCGAAAAGCCCGCCAGGGCCACGGCCGACGACGCCAAGGCCGCUUCUGCCGAAGACACCAUGAACGAGCUCUUGUCGAGUCGGUUCUUGACCCCUGCGGACUUUGCCAAGUUGGAGGAGUUGCGUGUCCAGGCAGGCGUGGACAAGAUCUUGGGCAACAAGCAGCAGAACGAAGAGGAGGUUGACUCGACGAAGUUGGUGGGCAAGAUCAAGUACAAGCAAUUGCGUGAGGAGAGAGUUGCCCAUGCCAAGGAAGGAAGAGAGGACAGAGACAAGUUCGGCUCGCGCAGAGGCAAGCGUGAGGUGGCUCACUCGACCACGAACAAGGAGAAGGCAAGAAAGAAGAAUUUCGUGAUGAUGAUCCACAAGAAGGCCGUGCAAGGCAAGCACAAGUUGUCGCUCCGCGACAGGCAAAAGGUGUUGAGGGCGCACAUCGACAAGCAGAAGAAGAAGGGGCACUGA